GUGAUGGUGACGUUGGCGUACGCGUUUGACUGGUGUAGUACAGGUAGUAGAUUUGGUGAAAAGUUACUUUGGUUUAUUAAAAGUCAAGUUUAUAAUUUGUGAAUGAACACUGACUUCCCAGAAAUGUCCGAGAAGCUCAUACGAUAUUCUUCUCCGGUAAACCCGGCCGUAUUCCCUCAUUUGACCCUAGUUCUAUUGGGAAUAGGAGUUUUCUUCACGGCAUGGUUUUUCGUGUAUGAGGUUACUAGUACAAAGCAAACCCGAAGUCUUAAAAAGGAACUAGCGGUUGCUUUGGUUGCCUCUGUGUUUUCUGGAUUCGGAAUAGUGUUUCUACUUCUGGCUGUGGGAAUAUUUGUUUGAUUUCUUUCAGUACUCUACUUAUUGGUUUAUUGUGAUUUGUAAUUAGUGCACUGAAAAUAUUUUUUAAUAUACGCUUUUGUUAUCA